GCGGCUCAGGCUGCGGGGGCUGCCCAGAAAGCGCCGCAGCUGCUUUUCCGUUCCCUGUUCGGGAGAGCCGGCCGGGGAGUAACGCCGCCGGACGAUGCGAAGCGGCUUCUCCCCAAGCAGAUGAUGGCGAUACGAGAACUGAAAGUGUGUCUGCUUGGAGAUACUGGGGUUGGGAAAUCAAGUAUAGUUUGUCGAUUUGUCCAGGAUCAUUUUGAUCACAAUAUUAGCCCUACUAUUGGUGCAUCCUUCAUGACUAAAACUGUGCCUUGUGGGAAUGAGCUUCAUAAAUUUCUGAUCUGGGAUACAGCUGGUCAGGAGCGGUUUCAUUCCUUGGCACCAAUGUACUACCGAGGAUCAGCAGCAGCUGUUAUAGUAUAUGAUAUCACAAAACAGGAUUCAUUUCAUACUUUGAAGAAAUGGGUAAAAGAAUUAAAAGAACAUGGUCCUGAAAACAUUGUCAUGGCCAUCGCUGGAAACAAAUGUGAUCUUUCUGAUCUCAGGGAGGUACCUAUGAAGGAUGCCAAAGAAUAUGCAGAAUCUAUAGGUGCAAUUGUUGUUGAAACCAGUGCAAAGAAUGCUAUUAACAUUGAGGAACUCUUUCAAGGCAUCAGUCGACAAAUUCCACCCUUGGACUCUCAUGAAAAUGGCAACAAUGGAGCAAUCAAACUUGGAAAGCAGACUACACAGACCACUAGACGGUGCUGCUGACCCAAAAUGGCCUGUUUUGAUUUACUUGAAAAAAAUAAAAUAAAACACCAUUUGCUUAUUCAUUGAGCAAAGGGCUUCACAACCUCAGUGGCAUGGCACCUUGCCUUGAAAGCAAUAAUUUCAAUACUGUGUGUCAAUAAAAAUGCAAGGAUCAUAAGCAGAAAGGAUUUUGCAAAACCUAGAUGGAAAAUCCUCCCUAGAAUCCUGCCAAAAUUCCUGAGUCAAAUUACUCCAAUUCUCUGUUUAAACCAAUGACUGAUAAUUUUUUUUAAAUAAAAUGGCUUUUUACAUAGAAAUUUUAGAUUUGCUGUAAAAUCUCUCCUCUUACAUGAGAGUAGACUCAAUGUGUUUUAAAUUAAUCUUAAGCAAUAUAGUGCAUAUAAUUUAAAACCUGAACUUUGGGCUGCAUACUUCUCUGCCUUUGCUUUUAGCCAGGCUCCUUUUCUGUGACUUUUCUAGAGCUGUAGUUUUGGCAGAUGAUUUGAUCAACCAUCAUCAAGAAAUGGAUUGAAGUCGGGAACUAGAAAAAUGGAUCCAACAUGAGAGAGAGAGCCCAGUUUUUACAAGUUGUGAAUCAGGACAGAAUUUGGCCCAACAUGUGAUGGAUAGCCUGGCGAAAUGUCAACUGAGAGACAUACUUUCUGCUAUCUGCAUGUACCUGAAGGAUGAAAUUUCCACGGAGGAAGAGGAAUUGUUUAGGGUGGUUGUAAGCAGAUGGAGCUCCCAUUCUGGUCCAGAAAGAAUCUACACCCCACCCAGUACAUUUAGUCAAAAUGUACUCACUUUCCAGGACUUAGGGCUUAUUAAUAACAAAUUGCAACAAAAUGCAAACACCAACCUAAGCCUGUCUGUUGCUACGAUUUCCUGCAGAUACGUCACUGCCCUAAGCCACCAUGCCCUCUGCCCAAAGAGGCAUCCCACCUCCCUCAUUUCCAAGAUGGAGUCACACCUGCCACAAUGAGUCAGCAAAAAUCCAUUCUUGUCUCCCUCCAGGGUUCUGUCAAUGGAUGAAUCCUGCCACCUGCUGCUAAAGUGGUAUAAGGGAGUACGGUAUAGUCUGAGGUCAUGGGCAUGAAAUUAAGAAAAGAAAUUAUGUAGAUUUUUCUAAAGGUGCAGUGUGUUCAAUUGUGGAAUUGUCUCCCCAGGUGGUUUGGAAGUGGUAUGGAACACUCGUUCCUUGAGACAUUUAAAACUAGAUUAAACAAAGCACGAGAAAACACAGUGCAGAGAAAAAUCCAGUAUUUGGAGUUAUGGACUAGAUGACCUAAAACUGUUGGUCUGUUCCAUCUGUAAUGCUUUGGUUCUGUGAUUGAUAGAGUAGAUAAAUUAUUUUUUUCUCUUCUCCACUAAAUUUAAUGAUGAGCUAAAGCAGAGUAAGAAAUUUAAAUUAUGAAAUUAAAAGCCAAAUUCAUCCUACAACAUGAUACAUUUUUGCUUUUAGCACAUUUGUUAUACAACAGUGGAGGAGUUAUUUGAAAAGUAAACACAAGAGAAAAAUUAUUUCCAACUAAGGAGAGAGAAUAUAUAUCAUUUACCAGCAGGAUGUAGCUGGACCUACAUACUUAUAAAGAAAAACAGAUUCUUACUGUUUUGUUGUGAGUCAAUGCAGUGCAGUCUGGGGGAGGGCGGGUGACUGCUACCCCGAAGUAGCUUUUAGGUGUAUGUGUGCCACCUUUUAAAGCCAACGGGAAUAAUUGAAAGUAGCACCACUAGUGACUCCCUAGCUCCACCCCUGCUUAAAGCUUGGCUCUGCUACCGAGUUAAUGUGGUGGUAGGAUAGUAUUGAUUAUUUAGGGCUUGAUCCAAACCUGAUUGAAGUCAAUGGGAAUCUUUCCAUUGACUUCAGUGGGACUUGGAUCAGGCCCUUAGUCAUUGUAGUGCUAACUUAUUUACUGGGCUAAAGAAAUACUGAACUGAUCAACAACACAAAUUAAUAUUACUUAAGGGACUAAUGUUCAUCUUGCUACAGGCAGCUCCGCUUACUAAGCAUAAAGCAUUUUUUAAUAAAAUGUUUAUAGGUUUUGUGCUAUAUUAGUCAUGCAUAAAACUGAUUUUUAACUUGUUUUCAUAAACCUAAAUGUGGCCAACUUCAUUUUCACGUGACAUCUCAAACCCAUUAAAAUCUGCUCGAGAUGGCUGCAAGCUUCAGGUAAUUCUGCAGUUGCCUUGUAAUCUCAGAUUUAAAUAAGAACUGGCAAACGAUGCCAAUCUGUGUGGUAUAGAUUUUGUAUUAAAGUGCGUAACCAGCUUUCACAGCUAGCAUUGAGUUAUAUAUGGAUCAGAAACAGAUCUGAGUCUUCUUAUGUUAAAUAGUUUGAAAUUAGAAAUUGUAGAGACAACUUUCUGGCUGAUACAGACUUGCAAAAUUCUAGUAUUUCCAAAGUAGGUUUACAUUAGAUAUUUUUACAUUUCAGGGGGCCAAAUCCUGAAGUCCUUAUUCUGUUUUUAUUCAGUCAAAACUGUUAAGUCAAUAAAAGUUUUGAAUGAAUACUGUUUCAGAAUUUGGGCUGUGGUCAGUUUCAGUAUGAAGGCAGAGAUGAGAGAAUAACAGGUCACUGUAGUAUACAGUGUACCUAUGGUUUUUUGGAUGCAAGAAUAGCCUCCGUUAUUCCUCACAGCCAGUGUUUUUUCAGUCUUGAAAUGUUGCUUUAUUCUGUAUUUUGGAAUGAGGUUAUGGCUUGGUUUAGGAGCGUAUGUGUUUGAUAAAUCAUGAUGUUAGCUUUUUGUGGUUGCCCUUUUUGUUUGUGAAAUGUUGCCGUUCUUUUUAAAUACUUGGAAAAAUUACAGAAUACCAAAAAUUAACUCAGAGCAAUAAGUCUCAACGCCAACUGUAAUUCUUACCAACUGUUGUUUAAAAAACUGGCUGGUUUAAAAACAAAAAAAGCUACUAUACAGAAGAUCUGAAUCUAUCACUAAUCUGCUCUAAUAAUAAUGCAGCACUUCUGUGUGAGCCAGCUAGACUGGACUUGUCAAGAGAUUGGUUUCAGCAGGAUAGCCAGUAGCUGGGCUAAAGCAUAAGCUGCAAUUUGAAUAUGUUAUAUGGAAUUUUUGUAUGCACCAUAGCUCAAGACUGUGACCAUCCAGUUGCAGGUGGCAUGUUUUCUGGUAUGUCAUGAAUUAGUUACAGUACUUUAGAAAAAUUGUAUUAAGGAAUAGUUUCCAUAUAUGCUGUGUGUAUGUGUAGAUAUAUAAAUAUAGUUUUAUAUUUUGUUAUAGUGACACAUAGUACUUUUUUCACUGCUAUAUCUGGUUCACAUAUACGGCAUAUUGUAUUCUGUAAGUAUGUAUUUCAUUAGUGAUCAUUUCACCUUUCUGAAUUUAAGGUUGAAGAUAGAAGGUAGCAAUAAGAGGGAGUUAUAUGUAGGUACAUUGUUGACUUGCCAUUUUAAAGCAUUAAAUGGCAUAUUACUGAAUAUAAGUUUGCCACGCCGGACAAGGAAAUCUGGAGAACCAAUUAUGAUCCAUUAACUGGCACCAGUAGGUACAAAAGUCAUACCCUCAAAAACGAGAUUAAUUAGCUGAUUAUUUUUAUUCGUGGUACAACAGGUCAGUUUGAAGUGCUGCAUCAUAACUUAGGUCUGCAUUAUUUAAUAACAAAAACUACCUAUAAUUAUUUCCCGAUUUUAUGUUGCUCUCCAGUGUACGUGGUAAUUAUCAUGACUAGAUAGCUUGUACAUGAAAGCGCUCUGAUUCGUAAUCAGACCUUGAUUAUAUAUGUUACUAUCCUACCCUUCAUUAUUUAAACCAGAUCCAGUGACCAAAUGUCAGUGUAAAGUUGUGUGCUAAGUACUAUCACUCUGUUUGUUUAUGUAAGGGCUUUGACUGGGCUGGACCCACUCGCUGCAUGUAUGGGAUGCUGCAAUCUGUUAAUACUUUAUCUUCUGUUUACACAUUAAUUGUAUAAUAUCUAAUAAGAUUUUUGCCUAAAACGUAGUUUUGUUUUUAUUUAACCUUC